AUGGCUACAGUACCUUCUUCUUCUACUUAUUCUUUACAUCUUACUGAUGCAAAACAGGCUGGGCUUGUUGUUGAUUUGGCCACCUUGGAGGAUCUCCGCUCUGACCAUUGCUUGUGUUUGGUGGGCAAAUUAGCCACUGAUCGUCCUUUUCAUAAAGAGAAUUUCCAGAGUACCAUGCUUCACCUUUGGAAUUUUCUCGAGGUGUUGGCUAUGGAGCCCUGGUCUUUCAAUCAUAUUUUGCUGAUCCUGGCCCCAACUGAUGGUGCAACACCCGUUCGUGAAAUCCCUUUGCAUACUUGUUCUCUCAAGGUUCAUGAUCAUAUGCCUAUUCUUGGUAUGACAGCCACCAUGGCUAAACUCAUGCCACAAUACCCCUAG